CCCCCCCCCCUCUUAACAACAGCUGACGUCACCGCGCGCACCCACCCCACCACCUCUCCCUCCUCCUCAGAGCGUGCUCGCUGAUAAACUUCUGUGUGUGUGUGUGUUUGUGUGCGUGCCCGUGCGUGUGCGCGGACAGUGAGCGCGAGGCAGGGGUUUUUGUCUCGCAGGGGGAAGCGGUCUGUUCUUCAGAGGGCUCGCGCACACCAGAGGAGCAGCAGCACGCAGCAGCAGCAGCCCAGCAAGAAGAAAGAGAUUUAAAAUCACCCGACUAUUAGCCUUCUGUCUGCUGUUAGUCUGUUCUCCCUACAAUAUAGUGACAUUUUACCAGGGCAGUACUCACAGGUUAUUCCGACGGUGAUAAUAAUUUUAAUAGCAGAAGUACUAUGGAGGACCAGCUGCUGUGCUGCGAGGUGGACUCCAUCAGGAGAGCCUACCAGGACGUCAACCUGCUCAACGACCGAGUCCUACACACCAUGCUGAAGGCAGAGGAAAACUACCUACCGUCGCCUAACUACUUCAAGUGUGUUCAGAAAGAAAUAGUACCCAAAAUGAGGAAAAUAGUUGCCACCUGGAUGUUAGAGGUCUGCGAGGAACAGAAAUGUGAGGAGGAGGUUUUUCCGCUGGCUAUGAACUAUUUGGACAGAUUUUUAUCAGUGGAGGCCACCAGGAAAACAAGACUACAGCUGCUGGGAGCUACAUGCAUGUUUCUAGCAUCCAAGAUGAAGGAGACUGUGCCCUUAACGGCGGAGAAACUCUGUAUCUACACCGACAACUCGGUCCAGCCUGGAGAACUGCUGCAAAUGGAGCUGCUGGUUCUCAACAAGCUGAAGUGGGAUCUGGCUUCAGUCACGCCUCACGACUUCAUCGAGCACUUCCUGUCCAAGCUGAAGAUCCACCCGUCCACCAAGCAGAUCCUCAGGAAACAUGCCCAGACCUUCGUGGCCCUCUGUGCUACAGAUGUCAACUUCAUCGCCAGUCCUCCGUCCAUGGUGGCGGCGGGCAGCGUGGUGGCAGCUGUUCAAGGUCUCUACCUGAAGAGCCAAGAUCCCUCCCUGUCCUCCCAGAACCUCACCAACUUCCUGUCACAGGUCAUUCGCAGCGACCCGGACUGUUUGCGGUCGUGCCAGGAGCAGAUAGAGUCCCUGCUGGAGUCCAGCCUGCGGCAGGCUCAGCAGCACAACAGCACAACAGAAACCAAACGCGUGGACGAGGACGUGGACCUGUCCUGCACCCCGACAGACGUCAGAGACAUCAACAUCUGAAAUGACUCGACGGGCCACGUUGCGCGAUUACCUAACGAUCGAGGGAAAAGUUGUAGACGGAGGGCGGUGACAAGUGGACUGGGGAGGGGUGCCUCAUCUGAACUCAGCCUCCCCUCCUCCUUCCUGGUGGGCUGCUAUCAUGGCCGACAUGUCACUCACAUGCCCGCUGCCCAUUACAGCUAACAAGACAGGACAGAGCGUCCCCCCGCCCGCCCUGCAACAAACCCCCCAAGUCACAUUUCCUGCCAGUGUCCCCUCCCAUCCUGGGAAAAGAAAUGAACACUACAGAAAUGUACUCGAAAGAAAAGACACUGAAAAUUGAUGACCUGCGUGGGCUGGAGUUUAAGCCACGAAAACAUUUUAGUAGAUAUUUUUUCUUAUUCCCUGAAACAUUAAACUAGGAAUCUUUAAAUUACCACAGACUCAACUCGCCUACUAAAACAUCCCAAAGUGUCAUGUACAGUAGGUCCUUGUAGUCUGUCUUCAGGUUUUUACCUGAAACCUGACAUUUAUUAAAGAGAAGAGGCUUUUUGUUUUAAUUUCUUUUCUGUUAUAUCUAGAAUAUUUUAGACUUCCUGUCCAAGCUCCCAUGUUUGUCUUGUUGCAGUGCAGACAUUCAUAUAUCCCUGCUUGCUUAUGUUUAGUCACUUUAUUAUAUAUCAUUUUAGACCUCUUUAUCCAUUAGUCUUAUACCUCUUUUCUUUCAAGCUUUUUGUUUUUUUUUUUUAACCAGGUGUAGUGUGAAACGCUCUGUCUUUAUGGCCCCUAGUGACUGUGGAUUGCUGAUGUUGAGGUUUGGACAAAAUAUGAUUCAUUCCUUGACAACAUUCGCUUUACCCAUUUCAGCUUGCUGUAAUUUGAUAAGCUUAAAUCGACGCACACGCAAGCAGAGUAAUCCACAGUCUGUUGUGUUUUUUUUUUCUUUCUCUGUGUAGUUAUACCUAAUACCAUUCCAACUUUUGUUUUCUAAAAAAAAAAGCACUUUUGGUCAGCAAUGCUGGCUCGUCUAAAAAAAAAAAAAUCACAGUGAUAAAGUUUGUAAAACAACAUGAAAAUGGAAUGGAGGUUUGAGCAGGAGUCUUUUGGUGAUGGAGAGUCAGGGCAGGCAUGCAGACAGUUGCACCUGCAGAAAUCCUUUUUUUUUUAAAAAAAAAAACAAGACUGAAUGCUGCUUGACACUGUCAUGAGUCUCACAGAGCCAGUGGCUUGCUGUAGCUGCCUUCCAAGUCUCAGAUAAGAGUCUUAGUUUAACAAACAUUUCAUAGAGGCAGAGCUGCUCGUAUCAGAAAUAUCAUUGGUUUAGUUAAAGUUCAGUGUGCAGAGCCAAAGGCUGGAGGUCCGAAGGUAAAAGUAAAGAAAAGUAUUGUUUUUAUAGCUAAAAUAAUACUUUAUUUUUAUAGAGGAAAAACAAGUAUUAUUUAUUUUUGUAGUUGCUAACUAACCAUGGCUCCACCUAUUGAUGUUUAACUCAACCGCUAAGAUUAUUUCUGCCUCCGGAGCAGCUCCGCCGUUGAGAAACGUUUAUAAAAGUAAAACUCGAAAUCACCAGUACAGCAUCUCCUCCAUUGUUCCACCUCAGUUCAAAUACUGCUCAUGGAUUCUGGGAAGGGGAUGAAGCUAAAAAAAAAAAAAAAAAAAUAGAGGAGGAGUGUUGAGACUAUUGACGUGAUUUUGCACAAACCUAAAAGACGUGGGCUGCGUUUCUUGGGGAAAAAAAAAGAAAAAGUGGAGAGCAAAGCUGGCAAGUACCGAGGGGUGAAAUGGCGUCAAAAGUGGCAAAAAGGGUGACGGCUCAACAGCGAGAUGCGUCUUAACGCUGUGGAGUUCAAGUCAGGGUUCCUACACAUGACGGGAAAGUUGUUGUCUGGGUUGAUACAGACUGAAAAUGAAGAUGGACAGACGAGAAGACUCUUCAAAUCAAAUUGAAUUCUGGAAAAAAAGUGUUGAAUUCUUUAAAUGUGUCCAACUGUGUAGGAACCCUGUAAAUUAGGUUUCUGAUUGUACAUUAAGGAUAGAGAGUAGGAGAGAAACACUCCUUGUAUUCCGCUGCUAUAGAAAAUAAAUCCCAGCUACGUGUUUAAAAAA